AUGGCUUGGUUUAUAGUUCAAGAACCGAUCAAGACACUCUUCGAUUUAUCUUGCGUAGAACAUACAAAUGAAGGUAGUCAUUCACAGUCACAGACCCUCGAAGUGCUGACAAAUUUGUUAACUAGUAGCGAAGAAUGGCAACCUAAUGGCAGUGUACUUUUCAUGCGGGACGGCCAUGUGCUGGAAUUAAUGUUGCAACAUUUGCCACUAAUGGAAGAUUCUAUCAAGAUUCAAGUUAUGGAUAGGCUAAUAUGCUUCGCAGAGUAUUGUGAUAUGAACAAGUGGAUCAUGUUUAAAUCCAAUAUAACGAACAGGCUUUUGACGAAUGUUAUUAGAAAUGCUUGGCGUAUUGAUGACUUGGCCGAUAGGACUAUGAGGCUUUUGGAAAUUGUGUGUUCAUAUUCUGUCAAAGUAUCUGAUGUCAAAUUAAUCUUGAAUAUGAUUUGCAACAAGAACGAAGAAGCAACAAGUCACCAAGAUCCGGCUUGGUAUCAGGGUGCUCUUUUGAAAUUGUUAUAUUCCAUUUCUCAAAAACAAAAUACAAUGAACUUUUUUUACUUGAAGGGAACCGGAUCUGGAAUAGAAUUGUCCACUAUUGAAAAGUUUCCUGUUAAUGGUUACUCAUUCUUUACUUGGAUCAAGAUGGACGCAACAUCUUCGAAGGGAUGUAUGGAACAUGGUGGAUAUGUACCACGGUUGUUUUCGUUUUUUACGGAAGCUGGUGAUGGAAUUGAAGCUUAUUUUGAGAACAAUUCCCUCUGUUUUCGAUGUAAGAAAGGCGAUAUUGUCUCAACUGUUACCAUGACAAAUUUCAAAUUUACACAAAAGAGAUGGUAUUUUAUUGUCAUUGUACAUUAUCCAACGAAGAAAGGAUGGACUACUACUCCUUCAGAAUUGAAAGUUGUUGUUGAUGGGAACAUUAAAUUCAAAGAUCGUUUGGAAUAUCCGGCGGACUAUAAUUCUCAGCCUUUUAAUUAUUGUGUUAUUGGUGCCUCUCCGGCCAUACAACCAUUGUUAAAUUUAGAUGAUAUUUCCUCAAAUGCAUCAUCUUCAGUUCUUAAUAGUGGUUUGCAUAAUUGCUUUCGGGGACAAAUGACAGCUGUGUACAUGCUAAAUGACGUCCUCACAGACGAACAGAUAAGUUCCUUAUACGAACUUGGCCCAAAUCAUUCAUCUCAAUUUGAAUCUUUGCAGAGGAGAGACUUUAAGAUUAAAUCCAACUUAUUUGAUGGUACUACGCUGUGCUCUAAGAUACUUUUUAAUUUCCAUGUCAAAGCAUCUAUUGGUCAAAAGUGUAUCAAUUUAGCAUCUCGUAAUCUAAUAACCCAAGAGACUGUAACUGCCACUUUAUUUGAUAUAGAAAAAUGCACAACUCUCAGUUUAAGAAAUGCGAUACACUGUUUAGGAGAUGUAGAAAUCCUUUUCCCAAUUAUAAUGAAAUUUGAUAAUUUGGAUUCUGUGAGUCUUCAAGCGCCAUUCGGAUCUCAGGACGAUUUUUUUGCAUCGGAAGGGCCAUGUAAAGCAUUUUUUGCCCUUUUAUCUUCAUUAUUACAAAAUAAUCCAAAAAGCCAAAAUCACAUUGUUAAAUCUCGAGGUAUAAAAGUUGUUAGUCUUUUAUUACAACAGGUUGGACCACGCCAUUUUACCAUAUCUGCUUUUCAAAGCAUGAUUGCAUUGGCGAGCGCCUUGAGUGCCAACGAGGAUUUGGCUCAAGAAGUUUAUUCAACUCUUGUCUUUGAAUUUCGUCUUUGGAUGUAUGCGACUAUUGAUAUUCAAAAAUAUUGUAUCGACUUUCUUAAAACUUUUAUUGAUGCCCGAAAACUAAUGUGCCGCAAACAUUUUGGAAUCCAAUUCUUCUUGGAUAUACUACAAAAUGUGUAUUGGUACAAACAAGGUGAAUUGUCUGCUCCACAUAGACAUUCAACUGCUGGAGCCACGAGACUAAAGUCUCCUCAAUUAAAGGAACUUCGUGCUAUACUAUUUAAUAUAAUAAACGAUUAUUUCAAAGAUAAAAUUUCAAAAGACGAGACUCUCUGUAUAUUUAGAAGUCUUUUGAUCAGUGAAGACGAUGAACAUAUAUGUGAACUUUUAAAUUUGUUUCUUAACUUGCUUAUAAGUAAAUCAUCUGACAAAGAGAUAGUAGACAUUUUUUCGUCUUACGGGGGGUUCGAAAUUCUCUGCGAACUCUUAAAACGACGAGAUGAAAAUGUCCGAUUUUAUUGUAUCAAAAUAAUAACAUUUUUAGUCAUCUGUCCGUUGACACCAGCGAGGAUUGUCAAAAAGCUCCGAUUUGAGGAUACGGAGAUAAUAAAUUUAAUAAGGUUAAUGGAAGCUGGUCCAUUAACACUUAAUGUUUAUCAUGCGCUAUUACAUUGGUCGCUUGAACAAUUCAGUACUGCAGGAUUAUCAAACAGAGAUGAUUCAGAAAUGCCUCCCUUGGUUUUACCGCCAAUAAAAAAUUUUGGAAUUAUUGUAGCUAUUCUUGCAUUACUAGAUUCAGAAAAUACAAAGAAGACUGUGCAAUGCAGAAUCCUUGAGGAUUUAAUUUUAAUGUUUAAGCAAAAUAUUACCUUUUGUGUCGAACUACAUAAAAUAUGGCUUUGGCAAAAAUAUCUUAUUAGACUUGUUCCAAUAUAUAGCAGACAAGAUGGUAUUAUUUCCGAUAAAGGUGAUAAGGAUAUUGCAGAUUGGGCACUAGAAUUUAUCUCCAUCGUUAUAUGGAAUUUGUUUGAAGUUGAUAAAAAUGCUUGUCGGAUUGUUGAGGAUACGAUAAUAGCUAUCUGGACAAGUAAUCGACCUGAUUCGAUGGAAACUAUUCGAGCUUUUCUAACUAUACUGUUUUCAUUCGUUACACGAGAAAUUAAUAAUUCAUUUUCUGCGUCAUUUGCAAUUAUAAAAAUGGAAAAUGUAAUGCGGCUGAUAACAUUUGCUGAAGAGAUCCUUUUUAAUCACAAAGAUUUGACACAAUCUGUAAUUCAAAAACAAGUUAAUAAUGAACAAAGAACUGGCACACUUACUGGAAAUUGUUCUUCUUCAAUUAUAGCUGCAUAUGAAUCUAAUCCACCGACAUUAAACAUAUUGAAAUUCGAAGAUACAGUUAUUCAAAAAUUAGAAUCAAAUUUUCCAUCGUUUUCUUCACAAAAAUAUGAUGAUAUGGUAUUUCAAAGUUCUAGUAAUCCAUGGGAAGAAGAUCCUGUUCUAACUGCGAUGUACCUAGAAAUUAUUGAUACCAUUGAUAGGACAGGAAAUUGGAGAAUGGAUAUGUCAACAAAUCGUACCGGAAUACAAAAUGGUGAUGUUUGUCGCAUGGUACUACGAACUCUAGUUGCAGGUAUUUCAUUACAAGAACAAGAAUUGCGAGAAAAGGCGCUAGACGAGCUCAUGGGAUUUGCAGAAAGGCAUGUUAAAAUUCCAGACAAAAGUUCGACAGUAGAAAAGAAACAUUUAGAGGAUUUUUAUUGCCAUGAUUGUGAUACCUUUCAAAAACAUAUUCUUAUGAUGCUUGGAGAAGUUCAUGACACAUUCACUGCAUCACAAAUGAUGAAUAGUGCAUACGACCAAAGAAUAAUGUUUGCAUAUUAUUUUAUAUUACAUAAAUGCCGCAACUAUUUAGUUAAUCUUGGAAAUGGUGACUUUUCUUCCAUAGAAUUCAUUGACUCUAUUUGGUCAGGCACGAAAUUUAAUGAUCACGCAUUUGUACAAUUUGUCACUUCACGUAAUUGGAUUAUUAUACAUGAGCGUCAUAUUAUGCCCGCCAUGAAAAAUGCAGAUGAAAAUAAUUUUUCCAUGGUACGAAGAAUGACGGAAAGGUUUUCAAAGAAUGUUAAUCUUUUUAUUAGUCGUUCUAAAAAGGGGGAAAUAAAUUCAACAAAACUUGAAGAUACUUUUGGCGCAGAAUUGAAUGCGAUUGUUAAAUCUUAUAGAGAGGAGGAAUUAGCACGAUUAACUAGUUGUGAGGUUGACAAGAAAAAUGAAGACUUAAGAAUUUCACGAAAAUGGUUGUCAAGAUUUCAUGAAUUAACACAAGAGCGAGGAGUAUGGUCAUUAGGAAAUCAAGCCGAUGUUCAUUGGAAAUUGGACAAGAGAGAAAAUUAUUCAAGAAUGCGUCGUAAAUUGACUAUUAAUUACGAUUAUGAUGCACAUCGCGAGGCUAGUGCCAAGAGAGAUAAAACACCCAUCGCAAUUCCAGUUAACAAAACGAAAAAUUUAAGCAUUCAAAGGAUCAAAAAGGCUGCCACCCCAGAAUGUGGACGAGGAACAACACCUAUAUUAGAUGCUGUAGAACCUUGGACUGAUGCAUGGGGUUUUAGUGGGUCGUCUUUGGUUUCAGAAUCUGAAAGUUUAGAAUCUGACGAUCAAGAAUGGAAUAUUGUAGCAGGGGAUAAUGUUGUCGAUACGGUGGACCUUUCUAAUGAAACAAAGUUAUUUUCGACUGAAUGCGAGUUGAUCGUUCUAUUAUCUGCUAUCAAAGGUCGAAUUGAGCUCACUUCUACACAUCUUUCUUUUUUGGUUGAUCGACAUAACCUGUUGCAGGAGCUCAAUAAUAUCGAACAAGGCUCAAUUAUUGUUGAUAGUGAGAUGCUUAGAGAUAAAAAAUGGCUAAUUUCAGAUAUACGUGAAAUACAUAUGCGAAAAUAUUUAUUAAGGCGAAGUGCUUUUGAACUAUUUCUAACUGAUCAAACGAAUUAUUUCUUUAACUUCCCGGAACCAAAGGAUCGAACCAGACUAUUUUCAAAAAUAACCUCACUUAGACCCCCAUCAAUGCUGAAUCAAGAUACUCGUUCACCAAUUACGAUAUUUCAAAGAACGAACUUGACUGAACGUUGGCAAAGACAUGAAAUCUCAAACUUUGAAUAUAUUAUGCACCUUAAUGGCAUGGCGGGAAGAUCUUUUAAUGAUUUAACACAGUAUUUUGUUUUUCCAUGGAUCAUUAGCGAUUAUGAGUCUGAAACAAUUGACUUGUCUGAUCCUAAAGUUUAUCGUGAUUUAUCUAAACCAGUUGGAGCAUUAAAUCCAGUGAGAUUGCGGCAAAUUAUUGAACGAUAUGAAAGCUUCGAUGAUCCGUCGGGAAGGAUAAAAAAGUUUCAUUACGGAACACAUUAUUCAAGUGCAGCAACUGUAGCAUGUUAUCUAAUAAGGAUGGAGCCAUACACAUCUGUGCAUAUCUCUUUGCAAGGAGGAAAAUUCGAUCAUGCUGAUCGUCAAUUUCAUUCCAUUCAAGAUACAUGGCAUUCUGUUAAUAAUGCAAGUGGAGAUGUUAGAGAGUUGAUACCUGAAUUUUUUUAUUUGCCGGAAUUUUUGGUGAAUUAUAAUAAAUUUAACCUUGGUGUACGACAAGAUGGUACUAAACUCAAUGAUGUGGGUCUGCCAAAAUGGGCGAAUUCUCCUGAAGAAUUUGUUCGUAUUAAUCGCGAGGCUUUAGAGUCAGAUUAUGUGUCUGAGAAUUUACACAAUUGGAUAGAUCUAAUAUUUGGAUACAAACAAACUGGAGAAGAAGCAAUCAAAGCAUAUAAUGUAUUCUAUUAUUUAACUUAUGAAGGCGCCAUAAACAUUGACAGCAUCCAAGACCCAGUAGAACGCAAAAGUAUCGAACAACAAAUAUACCAUUUCGGACAGACGCCAACACAAUUAAUGACCAAACCACACCCCCCACGAUUCCUUAGUAAAGAUUUUCUUAAGAAAGAUCUAUUAAAUUCAAAUGACAACCAACAGAGAUUUGUUGUUGAAUUGAAAUGCGGAAAGUUACAUUUUGUUGAUUUGCCAAAACCAGAUAAAGAAAGUUUCCAAGAUGAACAAGCAAUAGUUACUAUUGAUGAAAAUGGGAUUAUUGGAUACCAUCGAGUUAUACAUAAAAGUAUGUCUCCGGAUAUACCAUUUACAGUAGAAGUUGAUCCUAAUUUGCAGUACAAAACUCGAUUGAGUAGCCCAUUUAGUUUUGAUGCAUUUAUUACGCCAAGAUGCUUCACUUGCAGUAAAGAUGGAAAAGUUAUUCUUAGUUGUGGUCAUUGGGACAAUACUGUCAAAGUAACUCUUAGUGAAACAGUGACAGCUGUAGCUAUUAGCGAAGACGGAAGGAUAGUUGUUACUGGUUCUCGAAGUUCGAACUUGUUAUCGUGGAAAGUUAAUUUAACAGAUGAUAGUGAAUUUCUAAGCAUUGAGCAUUCCCCUCUGCAAGCAUUCUGUGGACAUGACGAUGAGAUAACCUGUAUUGUUGUUAAUGCAGAACAUGAUAUGUUGAUAAGCGGAUCAAAAGAUGGAACAUGCAUUGUUCACUCAUUAAAGAAUGCAAAUUAUAUUCGUACACUACGUCCUUUAGAAGGGUUAGAUUCUAGUGUCGAAUUUGAUGAAUACUUUUUACAUGCAUAUAGCAUAAAUGGAAAGUUUUUAAAUUCUGUUGAGAUAAAUGAAAGAUUGAAUCACUUUGUUUCAUCACAAGAUCAUAAUUCAAUAGUUACCUCAAGUAACAAAGGAAAAAUCUGUAUUUAUGAUGGUCUUAGUCUAGACUUACGUCAUGAAUUUGAAAUACCAUUAAUUGGUAGAUGUAUAAAGUUGAGUAAUAAUAAUCGGCAAAUAUGGAUUGCUGGAGAUGAUGGAAGAUUAUUUAUUAUUUCACAUUUGGGUGCACACGCGGAUAAGACUGCCGUGUAA